AUGAGCGUUCCCUCGACUGCUACCGCCGCCGCCGCCGCCGCCGCCGCCGCCGCCGCAAUCAAUGCCGCGCCCUUGUCCGACCGCAAAAUCCCCGUCGUGCUCCUCAAGACCAAAUCCACGCCCACGGAUGGCUACGAGGAGUUUUUCGCCGCCGCGGGCGACGGCCGCUACGACCCGGUCUUCGUGCCCGUCCUCGAACACCGCUUCCGGUCGGACGCGCUGAAGCAAUUGCGCGCAGACAUCGCGCACGGCGGCUUCACCGGCAGCGCGCCGCACGCCAAGUAUGGCGCCAUCAUAUUCACGUCGCAGCGCGCCGUCGAGGCCUUCACGCAGGUCGUGCAGGACCUGCAGCGCGAGAGCACCGCUCAGCAGCAGCAGCAGCAGCAGCAGCAGCAGCAGCAGCAGCACGACAUGGAUGCCCUGCUGCCGCCGACGCUGCCGCUCUACGUCGUCGGCCCCGCGACGGCCCGGGGCCUGCGCGCGCUGGGCCUGCAGUGCCCCAUCCUCGGCGAGGAGAGCGGCACCGGCGAGGUCCUGGCGCAGAUCAUACUGGACGAUUACAACGGCCGGAUGCUCCAGCUCGGCGGCGGUGCGAAUAAGCAAAGGGAAGGGCAUGGCGGUAAAGAUAACAAGCUGCCCGUUCUGUUUCUCGUCGGCGAGCAGCGCCGCGACAUCAUCCCAAAGACGCUGCAGGCGCCGGACCUCGUGCUGACGGGCCGCUACACGGCCGUCGAUGAGGUCGUCGUCUACGAGACGGCGGAGAUGCAGUCGUUUCGCCACGACUUUGCAGCCGUCGUUGAGGGAAAUAGGCGCGUGGGCGCGGAGCAGCAGUGGGUCGUCGUGUUCUCGCCUACGGGCGGGAAGGCGAUGUUGGAGACGUUGGGGAAGGGUGAGGCGGUGGCGGGGGGAAGCUCCGGGAAGAUGGCUGCGCCUGCGCUGGAGGGUGAGGGGUUUAGGACGUGGAUUGCGACCAUCGGACCGACGACGAGAGAUUAUCUUCUGAAGUGCGGGUAUGUACCUGAUGUGUGCGCGAAGAAGCCGAGCCCGGAGGGUGUGGGCAAUGGCAUCGAGGACUUCAUGCAUGGAUUUGCCGCCAAUUGA